GCAGUGCCCGCAGCUGUGGGAUGAGUAAAACUUCCUAAGAGGUACACGAGGUCGGCUGCCCCAUCCAGCAGGUGCUCCAGUGACAGCACCCUACAGCACGGCUCCUCACACAGACCUAAGGAAAAAAGAACAGUAACCAAGAAAAAACAUCCAGAAUGCCACAAAACGUUACUCUCCAAGGACCAGCACCCUGGGGAUUCAGGCUCUCAGGAGGGAUAGAUUUUAACCAACCUUUAAUCAUAACCAGGAUUACACCUGGAGGCAAGGCUUCAUCUGCCAAUCUGUGCCCUGGUGAUAUUAUAGUAGCUAUUGAUGGUCUAAGCACAGAGAACAUGACACAUAAUGAUGCCCAGGAGAGAAUUAAAGCAGCUACACAUCAGCUUUGUUUGAAAAUAGAGAGGGCAGGAACUAAAUUAUGGUCCCCACGAGUUUCAGAAGAUGGCAAAACACAUCCCUUCAAGAUAAAUUUAGAAGCUGAACCACAGGAUAUGAACUACUUUGAACACAGGCAUAAUAUUCGUCCCAAACCUUUCAUAGUCUCAGGCCGAAGCAGCGGAUGCAGCACUCCUUCGGGCAUUGACUGUGGCAGUGGACGCAGCACCCCCUCCUCCAUUAGCACAGUCAGCUCCAUCUGCCCAACUGAGCUGAAAGCAGUGUCUAGGAUGGCCCCUAACAUUCCCUUGGAAAUGGAGCUUCCCGGUGUCAAGAUUGUACACGCUCAGUUUAACACACCUAUGCAGUUGUACUCAGAUGACAAUAUCAUGGAAACACUGCAAGGCCAAGUUUCUACAGCUCUGGGGGAAACACCUGUCAUAAGUGACCCAUGUCCCAACUCCGUGCCUCAGUCUGAUGUGUACAAGAUGCUGCAUGCCAGCCAGGAGGAGCCCACUCAACCUCGCCAGUCUGGGUCCUUUAAGGUGCUCCAGAAUUUAGUCUCCGAGGAAGAUGGACGCCCUGUGGGUACAAGAAGUGUGAAAGCACCUGUUACAAAGAUACCUUCUGCCAUGCCUGGUGCCCAGAAAGUGCCACUGUGUGACAAGUGUGGAAAUGGGAUUCUAGGAACAGUGGUGAAGGCACGUGAUAAAUACCGGCACCCAGAAUGUUUUGUGUGCUCUGACUGCAAUCUCAACCUGAAACAAAAAGGCUACUUCUUUGUGGAGGGCCAGCUAUACUGUGAAGCUCAUGCUCGAGCCCGCAUGCGGCCACCAGAAGGAUAUGAAGCAGUCACUGUUUACCCAAAAUGCUAGUCUUACUCUAACACACAAAUACAUGCAUGUACACAAAAAGCCAUUAACAGCUUAGAACUGCAGUACAAGUGUCAGGACUUCUGCCUGAUUCCAAAGUAGCAGCUUUUAAACUUUUCCUUAUGGGAUUCUGAGGGAGGUAGAAGUCCUUAUUAGCCACCAGAAGCAUAUUAUACCAGUAAAAUUCUGCUAAAACUUUAUAUUUGCAGUUGUCAAUAUAACUCAAUAAAGUAUAAACUAAAACAGCUAUACUGAAAUGAAAAAAAGUUAAACAAUUGAGAUAUUACAUGAUUGCUACAGUAUAUGCAUAAGUGCUGUAAUCAAGACAUAAUAUUUAACAUCGAUUAAGUACCUGUUCAAAUGCUAAAGCCAUGGAAGUGUCACUGGCUGGACUUAAACAAAUGUAGAAACUUGACAAAUCAUUUGGAAAACAGCUAUUUUACAUGAACAGCACAAAAAACCACAGUUGUUCAUGUCUGCUUCCAACAUCUAUUAUUCAUCUACCCUUAAUGUAUACAAAGACUAGAUUUUGCUUACUGUGCUUUGAAUUUGGGGUUAUAUUGACUUAAUUUUCUGAUGCAGAAACUCUGAUAUGGAAGAAGUAUCAAUUCAUACAAUAAAAUAGCUAGUAUAAUAAAGACUGUGUAGUAGGAAGCAAAACAGAAGAUCUAGAUUGUUUUAAUGAUUUGUUACAAAAUCAGCUUUCACAUCACUGAGCAGAAAAUUGUUCUGAGGUAUGCACACACAUACAUUGUUUUUUUUGAAAAAAAA